AUGAAUAGGGUUGCCAUCGGUCAAAUAUGUUCAUCCAGCUCUUUGACGCAAAACCUGAAGACUAUUAGCAAUCUAAUCGACUCUGCUUUAAAACAAGAUGCCAAAAUCAUCUUUUUCCCAGAAGCCUCUGAUUACAUUUCGAGAUCGGCGUCGCACUCCAAAAAACUGGCAUCCCAGUCUCCAGGAUUUGUAGACAGUUUAUGCAAAACAAUUCCAAGCCUUUGUCAAAAAUAUGGCAAAAAAAUCGAUGUGUCUAUCGGAGUUCACUUGCCAGCCAUAAAAAUUCAUGAUAAAAGUCCCGAUGACAGAGUCAGGAACUGCCUGCUCUAUAUAAACUACGAGGGAAAGAUUCUACAGACAUACCAAAAACUACAUCUAUUUGACGUGGAUGUUCCCAAUGGACCAGUGCUAAAAGAGAGCCAAUCCGUGCAACCUGGGUCGCAAAUCCCGGCAGUCGUAGCGACGCCAGUGGGAAAACUCGGACCUGCCAUUUGCUUCGAUAUCCGUUUUCCCGAAUUAUCACUACGACUACGUUCGAAUGGGGCUGAAAUCUUGUGCUUUCCCAGCGCAUUUACAGUUAAAACGGGGGAAGCCCAUUGGGAAUCUCUUGCGAGGGCAAGAGCGCUUGACACACAGUGCUACGUUAUAAUGCCCGCACAGCAGGGCGAACAUCAAGUAAAUCUCGAUCUUGAAAACGGGGCCACAGAAGAGUCUUCUGUCAAAAGAGUCUCUUGGGGUCAUUCGAUGAUCAUAAAUCCCUGGGGCGAGAAAAUCGCUGAGGCCAGUCCGCAGAAAGACGAUGUCCAACUAGUUUUCGCAGAUUUGGACCUUGCUGCUCUCCAUAAAUUCCGUACGGAUAUGCCCCUAUGGGAACAGCGGAGAAGAGAUGUCUUUGGAGAUUACGUGUAA